AUGGCAUUGAUCGAGGCCCAAGCACCGCCCGGAGAAAUGGUUUUUACCACUAAAAGAUCGGCGCAAGAACCUAAAUCAGCUGCAUCAAUGGAGACCUGGCACCGGCGCCUAGGUCACAUAGGACCAGACCGCAUUACCAAACUGUCGGAGAUGACCGAGGGAGUCACCAUUACUGAGAGCAACCCUGUCAAACAGGUAUGUGAAGCUUGUCAGUUAGCAGACGCACCGAAGCAGAUCUCUCGGCGGAAGAUCGGUCAGGCAUAUGGUGUAUUCGGCAGAGUGCACUUUGACCUUGUUCAAAAUCAGCCUGCGCACAAUGGUCAUAUCUGGUUAACCCACUUUUACCUGGAUGGAAUCAAAUGCCACUUCGUGUUCACCCAUACCAAGAAGAACGAAUGUCAGAUGGCUGUUAGGAAGUUUAUUGCCAUCGCAAAGAAUUGGUUAAACAUCAAUAUCAAGGUGUUUCACUAUGAUAAUGAGCGAAGUGCGGGAGAUGAGGUCGAGAUGAUGAUCGAAAAUGAAGGUUGUAUAAUUGAGCAUGCACCACCUGGCCUACCCGAGAUGAAUGAUCUCCCCCGAACCCUAUGGCCAGAAGCGAUCUAUGCCGCAGCAUACAUGCUGAAUCGGGUGCCCACCAAGAUCGAAAAUCGGUGGAUUGUACCAUGGAAAGAACUCAUGAGGCAUACCGCACCCGACGGCGUGCGCGAUCAGAUCGUCAACCUGUCAAACCUGAGAUUGUAUGGCUGUUUAGCGUACUCUAGGAUCAUCAAAAGGGUUCAAUCUGACAAGAUGGCACCGAGAGCAGAGAUCGGAUUUCUUGUUGGAUAUGUUUCUAAGAACCUAUACAAGAUCUGGUUCCCGCACAAAGGCCGUGCUGGCAAAGGCCGGGUUGACAUAGUCAGAGAUGCUAUUUUUGAUGAGACCCGCCGAUACUCUCCGAGUACACCGGUACCUGAGCAUGAAGAAGCAGUCAGCACAUUGACAGAUGGCCUCGAUAACUGGCCUGAGGUGCUCACAUUGCAAGAAGCCGAAACAGAGAUCAGUAUAGAGCUAAGAAUGCCAAUGGUAUUGGCAAGGAACUCGGCGGGAGAAGAAGCAGAGCAUACCAAACAAGGAGAGGAAGCUGGAAAACCCACGUUACCACUAUCUCCCAAAACAGCCUCUAUUUUACCCGGGACGCCUGAAUCAAUCAGACCAAACCAGAUCUCAUGGUCGAAUACCAACAUACCAGGAAGCUUUCCCACCGAACCAAGGCCUCCGAGGAUCUCUUCAUCAACAAUAACCUCACUAUCGCAAGAUCCAUUAAUCCAGAGAUCAACACCAUCGAGAUCUCGACUCCCGAAUACCCUGUCAUCGUCACCAGAUCCGAUCUCGGUCAUACCAUCGAUCGAAACUGAAGGGGAGGAGACAGUAUCAGAAAGCGAGAUGCAACUUCAGCAAGAAUUAGCACAGUCACCGCAACCUACGCAUCCAACUGCCAUACAAACUGCGCCUAGACCAGGAUAUGAGAUAGCACCCGCCCGUGCACCUAGAGACAUCUCAAGAAACAUUGAUCAAUCCAACAUCAUUACCAGCGGCAGCAGAUCUCGCAGGCCAAGAACCAACCGAGAUUUCUCAGCAUACCUAUCUCUUCACGAUGAAGAUCCUGCCGACAACCCGCCUGAAUUGCUUCAUGCGUUCACCAUCAGUAUGCAUGAACAAGCAUCCCAUACCAAGAAACACCAUCGAAAUCAGAUGCCAAUAGAGCCCCAGAACUGGGCUGAGAUGAAGAACCAUAAAUUUGCCAAAGAAUUCACCGAGGCCGCAGCCUUUGAGAUCGAGACUCUACGAAACAAAGGCACAUUCCGCGAGGUGUCGCACCCGAACACCAAAGGGACACAGGUCCUUCCACUCAAGUGGGUGUUCACAUAUAAAUAUGAUGCCGACGGAGUCCUGGAGAAGUUCAAAGCGAGGAUCUGUGUGCGUGGAGAUCUACAGUGGAUCACUACUGAAGAAAAGAGAGCCGCAACUCUCGCAGUGAAAACAGCCCGCGCUGUAUUUGCACUGGUCGCAGCAUUUGACCUCGACAUGAUACAACGAGAUGUAGUGACAGCGUUCCUCAACUCAGCCAUUCAAGGUGAGGUAUACACCAAGUGCCCGCCUGGUUUCGAACGCUCAGGCCACUGCUGGCUGUUACUCCGAGCGCUUUAUGGCUUACGUAUGUCACCGCGUUUGUGGCAGCAGGAAGCAACCAGAGUGCUGGUCAAAUUGGGACUGACCCCCGUGCCUGAGGAUCCAUGCAUUUUCACCACCCAAGGAAUAAUCGUUUUCUUCUAUGUUGACGACAUUAUCAUGGUCAAUCAUCCUUCCUAUUCUAAGCAAGCAGCUACCCUGGACCAAGAAAUGAAGAAGCAAUGGGAAUUGCGAGAACUUGAUGCCAGUUGGUUCCUAAACAUCCGCAUAUUGAGAGACAGAUCUCAGAAGAAGCUAUGGCUAUGCCAAGAUAGCUAUAUUGAGAGCAUGACAAGUCGGUAUAACCUCAAAACCAACCGUAGGGUCGAAACCCCUAUGAGCACUGAGCCUUUGCUCCCAUAUGAUGGAGUAGCAACACCGAGUCAGAUCCAUGGGUACCAAGCCAAAGUUGGAUCUGCUCAGUAUGCUACAACCGUCUCACGCCCAGACGCCGCCAAAGCCACCGCCAAAGCCGCUGAAUUUCUUAUGAAUCCAGGUCCUAAGCACAUCGACGCUAUUGAUCGGAUCAUCCAAUACCUAUACAAAACCAGGUUUUGGGCCAUUGAAUAUGGAGUGAGAGGCCUCGAACCAGGUAUCGAAUUAGCAGCAAAAUCGGUUGAAUUUGCCAGCGAUGCUUCUUUCGGCGAUAACCCCGACCGGCGCAGCUCCGAAGGAUAUGUCUGCAAGUUAUAUGGUGGGCCCAUAGAUUGGAAGGCAUCGAAACAGAAGACCGUUACAACAUCGACAACCGAAGCAGAGCUACUCGCACUUGCUGAGGCCGGAAAAACAGUCCAAUGGUGGCGUCGAGUCCUCCGCGCAUUAGGAUUUGAACCGUCCCAUCCUCUCACUAUCUUGUGCGACAACCAACAAACUGUUGACCUAUUGACGAAGGAAGGUGCCGCAAUGCAUACGAAGCUUCGUCAUGUUGAUAUCAAUCGGUGCUGGAUGAAGCAAGAGGUCAGCGAAGGCCGAGUUCUUGUCGCAUGGAUUCCAACCGCCGAGAUGCCAGCCGAUGGCCUCACCAAGGCCUUACCCAAACAGAAGCAGCAGAUCUUUCGAGAUCUGAUCGGAAUGAGAGACGUGAAUCACCUGAUUCACCCUUCAAAGCAGAUUCUGGUUUGA